AUGACCGGCUCCAAGGCUUCGCCGGUCUCCGGCAUCUUCACCAUAACGAGGACGAAAGUCUUCUUGGUUGCCUCGCUGGCGAUCACCUGGUAUAUUGCUGGUCUUUUUCCCCACUACAAACCUCAGCUGGAAGCGUCCUUCAAGUCGCGGCUGGACGAAGCCCGGGAGAAGAUGCCUUCCAUCAAGGUCGAUUGGAACCCGAAUCUGGAUCAAGAGGAAGACCUGGACCCGCGGGACAGGUACAACUCUUCCAAGAUAGCUCUUCUGAUUGAGCCCCGACCGAUCCCCCAUCUCGUUCCUCAGAUUCUUCACAUGAUCAACGUGGUCCCACCGGACUGGCGAUUCAUCUUCAUUGGGUCUAACCGAUCCGUGAUAAGCGUCGGCCGCAGCUAUGCCACCAAACAUCAGCAGCUCAGUGGCAAGCUGGACUUGAUGGUCCUGCCUGAGCCGUGGGACAUCGGCAGCAAGGAGCUGGUUCAUCGCCUGUUGACUGACAUCCGCUUCUAUGAAGAGUUUCUCCCUGGUGUUGAGUGGAUUCUCAAGUAUGAAUCCGACAGCAUCCUCUGCGCCAACUCCGAUGAAAGUCUGAACGACUGGCUCCAUUGGGACUGGGCAGGUGCUCCGAGAUAUCCUGGGGACCGAUUUUCCGGCAAUGGUGGGCUGUCAUUGAGGAGGGUUUCAGCCAUAAAGCGUGUCCUCAAAUUCCAGGAGCGUACCAACGAUACACAGCCUGAGGACGAGUGGUAUGGAACGAGAGUGUGGGUCCUACCAGGCGCCAGAGUCGCAUCUGGUACCGAGGGUCAACUGGCUGUCGAGGAUACCUACAUCCCGAGCCCCAUGGGUGUCCACGUCCGAGACGGAGGCAAUCUCCUUCCCGAAGCAGUGUGGCAAGAGCCCGAGCAGAGAAAAGCGCUGUUCAACUAUUGCCCAGAACUGAGUCUCAUCAUGAAUAUGAAACUCGAAAUCGAACGAUGCCCCGGCGAUGACAGGCGGGGCCAUCUUGAAGAACAACAGCGCGACCAGGAAAGCUCUGAUCAAGACGAACAGGAAGGUUCUGAUCAAGACGACCAAGAGGAAGGGUCGCCGUCGUAG